UCCAAAAAUAGCAUCCUUUCUCGAAAAUCGCUGGGUGGGUGCGCGGUUGGGUCUGGGGAGAUUUUGCAGACCACUUGGGUCAGGGACGGUUUAGUCCAAAACCACUGCCCCACCCAACGGUUUGGUCCAUAUAAUUUUAUUUUUAUAAAUCCUAACCUAGGUGAAACUUUAAACGAACGUAUAAUUGUGUUCAGGUAUCCGAUCGUAGCGAUUUUUUCUUUCUUCCGCAUAAUUUUUUGAGAUCUUGCAAGCCACAAACGGUCAUAGGCGGUUUAGUCCCGCCUUUUCCGCGAAAAAACGUUGUUUGCUACCCCGAAUGAGCUUUUUUACGAUUUCGUCAAACUUUGGACGACCAUAACUUUGUGCUCCAAAGUCUGAACGUCGUGAAAUUUUUUUUUAUUCUGCAUAACUUUUCAAGGACUACAACUUUUAUUCGAAAUAAAUUUUCAAAACAAGAAUUAUUUUUUGAUAUACGGCGGUUUUGGGAAUAACUUUACCUUCCCUUUUCACAAAUCACAGUGUUAUUUCUAAAAAAAUCAAAGACAAACUAGAAUGGGAAUUGUGGCUUCAACGACUGCUUCUAGCUUCUGAUGUUUCAUAUGAAUACCUUCUCAAAGAUGGAAGCCAGAGCAUGAUUAAAUCAAAGAUCAAACGAUGGAAGUAAGAUAUGAAUUUUCUUUGUGAUUGAGAAGGAUAGAAAUUUUUGGAAGUGGUGAUAGUGAAAAAAUGUAUUGUAUUUAUAGGAAAAGUUGAAACACCAGUUGUUUGAGGCUGAAAUAGCCGUUGGGAAGAAUUGAGAUGCUGAAACUCAAGUUUGGUUUUGUUUUUAUUAGACAAAAUCAGUGUUCAAGAAGGCGCGCCUAGGCUCAAUUAGGCGCUAGGCGGUGGAGGAUCGCUUUGACUUGGCCAUAGGCAUUGUAAAAGGCGCUGGUAGCGCUUAGUAGGUAGGAAUAGCGCUUAGUUUGCGCCUAGUGGGAAGGCGUGCCUGGGCGAGCUUAGGCGGUACCAGAUUUUGCAGUUGUUGUAUGACAAAUCUAGUUAUUUUCGUUGGAUACUUUAACGGUGUUAGUAACACAAUUAAGUUCUUUAACAGUUCACUAAGUAGGAGCGCACACAUGCGGGUUUGUCCAAUACUCUUCAUUUUGUCCUAGAAAAUCAGAAACUUGCCUCUUGCCCUAGAAAAUCAGAAACACGGGAAGUAACAUCUGCUGCCGCCUGCCGUCCUAGCUCUCGCUCCAUCUGCUACCGCCUACCUCCCUAGCUCUCGCCCCAUUUGCUGCUCUCUGCCGCCGCAGGAGAAAGUCAUCGAUCACUCUUCUCGCCUUCACACCGCUCCGCUGCUAUAGUGGAAAAUAAAGUCGAAACUCGUCAAUUGCUGCUCCUUCCUUCUCCUCGGUACAUAGCACAAGCUUCUUGCCUCUAUAAGCACCUAUUAGCAGAUGAUUGGUACUAUUUGCUUGUUAUUUGUUAUGUUAAGUGUUUACUGUUAUGGACUAGGCAUUGCUUAUUUUAUAUGCACUUGGAUUAUAUGAAUUAUUCCAGAAAACAGGAAAUAUUUGAGAAUUUUUCCAUUUAUGCUCUGAACGCCUAGGCGCGCCUAGGCUACGCCUAAUCGGGCAAGGCGCAAGUCAGGAGCCAAGCGCCUGCCUUACGCCUAGCGCCUUUUAGAACCAUGGACAAAAUACACUUUUAUAGUCAAAAUUUUUGCAUUUGUGACAAUAAUAGCCAAAUUUAGAGAAAUAACACUUAUAGCCACUUCCGUCAAAUUCUUUAACGGUGUCAACUAACAUGCUGAUUGGACUAGCAGAAAGACUGAUGUGGCGGCAUAGGUGAAAUUAACCAAAAAUGAAAUUAAUAAAUUUUGUUUAUUUAUUUUUGGUUCUCUCUCUCUCUCUCUCUCUCCCCUUUCCCAGUACCCUCGGUCGCCGCUCCAGAGAUGGAAUUCCAUCGUCCUCUCCUCCUAGCCCAUCGUAAGACCGUCGUUAUUCCUCUCCACCGUCGUGAAAGGUCCAGAUCGUCGAGGCCACCAGCAGUGGCUCGUUGUCCCUAACCAUCGUUGAGGCAGAAGAAAGGAGAAGAAAGAAGUCCAACCGGCGUCGCUCCAAAUCGAGCUUCCCCACCAGAUUUGCAAGAAAUCAAGUAGCGGCGGAAUGCGACGCCAUCUCCCCUCGCCGCAGUUCCACAGUUCCAAUUGCCUCCCUUCAAUUUGCUCCUCUUUCACUCUUCCCCUUGUCGCCGCUCCUCCUUCUCCUUCUCCUUCUAUCGAAACCAGUGACAGAUUAGUGGAGGGUAAAAUCGGUGCUGAGGAUAUUGGCAACUUUUUGGCGGCCGACCAAUUGACUUCCAUCCUACCACCGGCGCAACAAAGCCGCUGCAACGACGGAGUCGGAAGGGUCGCCUCGCUGUGGAUCUGGAUUUCCGUCUCGAUCAACUCCCAGCGCCUGAGGGGAUGAUGCCUUAAGGAUCUGCUCUCUAUUCACUAGCGAAUUGCUGCAGGUAUUUGGUGCAUGUCAAAGAGGAAGAAAAGGAGAAUGAGGGAAGAAGGAAGAAGGUACCGGGGGGCGGCGGCCGCCCUGUUCUGAAAUCGAGCUCCCUUUGUUCAUAGUUAAGAAUGUCAUUUGUUCAACAAGAAGAUUACCUUUUGUUUAAGAAGGAAAAUUGGGGACGGGAUAGGGUGACAACCCCCUUGGGGGUUGUCAGAUUCACAACCAAGGGUAUUUUGGGUAUGAGAAAAAGGAAUAUAUUAAUUACCUUUUUUGUAUUAAUUAUAUUGGGAAUUAAAAACCCAUAUUAAAUACAAUUUUUUUUC